CCCGAGGGUAGCACCAUACAUGUAAAUUUAUAACAUACCAAAUUGUAAAAAAAGAAAAUGGAUACAUUAACCGCUAUUUGGAUCUUUUUUGACGUUGGGUGCCUCAUCAUAGUGCUUGCAGGUAGUUUUAUGAAUCUUCUACCUGGCUUUUUGCAAGAUAUCGUGACCUAUGGUAAAAUAAGUCCAGCUGGAGACAAGGACUUGCAUAGCACUAGGAAACUACUGCUUAUACCACACAGGUUGUUUCUGCACUUUUACGCACUAGGUCUUGUAUGGAAUGUUUUCUUGUUGGCAAGAUUUCUUCAAAUUAUAAUCAAAGAAGAUACCUCAUACCCAGGCAUAUUUGGACUUUUCACAACAAGUCCUUCCCAGCAAGACUGUUUCUCAGUUUUGUACACCCUGGCUUUGCUAACAAUUCAACUGACUCGAAGGCUAUGUGAAAGUCUUUUUGUAUCAUCAUUUUCAAGUAAAAUGCACCUCGCCCACUUCAUGUUAGCAGUAGCUUUUUAUUGCUUUGUAAACUUAUCUGUUGUUGCAGAGAUACCCAAGUCACUUUCACAAAGUUGGUAUAGGUCCUGCCAGAACCCUUACCACUCUGUCUCAUGGUUGCAUUGUUUGGCAUUUAUUCUCUUCUCCUGGGCCAGCUAUCAUCAGUAUAAAUGUCAUUCUGUACUUGGCAAGCUAACCUCCUGGACAUCUGAUGGUGAAAAGAUCUAUAAAAUUCCUUAUGGUGAUUGGUUCAACCACGUAACAGCGCCACACUAUUUUGCUGAGAUCCUAAUUUACAUAGCAUUAUUUUUGGCUAUGAACGGACAAUGGUCAAGAUGGAUUUUCAUAAUAAUAUUUGUGGUGUCCAAUCUUACCUUUUCUGCUAAAAAUACGCACGAUUGGUACAAACAGAAGUUUGAGGAUUAUCCAAAAAACAGAUACAUUAUUUUGCCUUAUAUUUAUUAGUUUUUCAUGUAGCAGCAAGCAGAUUACCAAGCAUAUAUUUCAUUCCUUUGUUUUAAAGUGUCCUUAAAUUGUAAUUAUUGAUGGUAUUUUUGUGGGCUUUCUUCCAAACGUCAUCGUAAAAUUAAUUUGUAAUGCUAGUGGAGUUUUUACUAUGGUUUCUAUCUUAUAUACUGUACUUAAUUUUACUUUGGGCAAGAUAUUAGUAGUUUGUAUUUUCUGGAAAAAUUUGUAGCAUCAAUUUUUAA